CAAAACUACCCCCGACCGCCCACGAAACGGCCCCAGAAGUCCCCACCGCGCCACCCUCAGCCGCGCCUCUUCCUGCUCGCCCUGUCUACUACCUCAAAUGGCCGCUUUCGCCAGGAGGUCCCUUGCCACCGCCGUCUGGAUCGCCGAUGCCGCUGCGUGGUUGCUGGCGAUUGCCGUCGUGGCGCUCUUGCUGCUAUGCUCGCUGCGGGAGGGACCAGCGUCGGGCGAGCCGAUCGGGGGGGCGCCGGUCCGUGGCGGGAGGCUGAUGGAGCGGCGGUGCGACGAGAUUUACGUGGUGGGGGAGGGGGAGACGCUCCACACCAUCAGCGACAAGUGCGGAGAUCCCUUCAUCGUGGAGCGCAACCCGCAUAUCCACGACCCCGACGACGUCUUCCCCGGCCUCGUCAUCAAGCUCCUCCCCUCCGAGCCCAAAUAGAUGGGUGACUCUGCGGUGGGUGACGAUCUCCACUUGCGCAUCCGAGUAACCCAACCCACAGAGGUAGCCGAUGUAAUCGUCGACGUUGAGGUCAUAGAGAAGGCCGGGGUCAGCGGCUUUUGUUGGGUUGACAUGUCCGGUU